AUGGGGAAAGCCGAUAUAAAGAUAGACAGUUCAAAUGAUAGAUUAUCCGUCACCGUCUCAGUCCCCAAAACUUUUCCGAUUAUACACAUUCCAUUUAUUAUAGGAUUUUUACUAUUAAGUAUAGUACUGUUUUAUUAUUCAUAUACAAAGCUAUUUUUUGUGACUUUAGGUUUAUUAACUUUAGUUUCAAAAAUGUGGAUUUCUUCUGUGUAUUCGCCAAAUAAAGAAACGAUUUUUAUUCAACACGGCAAAGGCGUUGAAGUGCGGACGGAGUCGACCAUCAUCUCCUCUGCAGACAUUCAGAUGAUUCCACAAAGCGUUAUUUGUGACGUCAUUAUUCACGAACAGAUCCAAGUCUUCAAUGUCGUCAACUUCCUUGCAUUUUCUUUCAAACAAGACGGCGUUUUGUAUUCAACUAAAUUUCCUCCCCUAAGACCCAUUUUUUCGAAUUUCGAGUUGAACAUUCAACAAAAGCAGCAGAUCUACAGAGCUAUCCACUCUUACUUACACUCUUCUUCUUAA